GAGGUCUCGCUGAGGCGCUUCUGGCUCGGCUGCCGCGCGGAGGCGUCCGGAGCUGGGCCCGGAGAUGGUGUUGCCGCUGGUCUUGCGCUGACUCCCGGGGCGGGCGGGGGAAGAUCGGGGCUUGAAGAAGGGGCAGCAGGGGAGCCAAGGCGCGGGGGCGGCUGGAUGCGGCGGGGCUUGUGGGGAGAAAAGGGCCACAGCUGUCGUCGUCGGGCUCGGCCGCCGCCUCCCUCCUCCUCCUCUGCGGCCGCCGCUGCUGCUUCUUCAGCCCCCGACCUUCCUCCUCCGUCCUCUCCGAGGGAAGGCGAGGAGGCGCCGCUGAAAUGAAGGAUACUGGAGCGGAAGAACAGAUGGGCACUUGGCUCUUCAAGCAGCUGAAGCUUCAUUUAGAGCAAGAAUGGAAAUACCAACCUCAGGAGAAGGGCUUGAGCCUGAUUGAGUGCACUGCGGAGAAUGAAAACACUUUAUGUCCAAAAUUGAGGAAUGCAAAAGUAGAAGAUCUCUGGAGUCUAACCAACUUCUUUGGGUUUGCCAUGGAAACAUUUGUCCUGGCUGUCAACAUUCUGGACAGAUUUUUGGCCCUUAUGAAGGUGAAACCAAAGCAUUUGUCAUGCAUUGGAGUUUGUUGUUUCCAGCUGGCCGCUCGAGUGGUCGAAGAGGAAUGCAACAUUCCAUCCCUCCAUGAUGUCAUCCGCAUUAGCCAAUGCAAAUGCACCGUGUCCGACCUAAAGCGAAUGGAAAAAAUAAUCUCGGAAAAACUGCACUUUGACUUCAAAGCUACUACUGCCUUAACCUUUUUGCACUUGUACCAUACUAUUGUACUCUGUCAUACCUCAGAAAGGAAAGAAUUGCUGAAUCUCGACAAACUGGAAGCACAACUCAAAGCUUGUAACUGCCGACUAGUUUUUUCAAAAGCAAAACCAUCCAUCUUGGCCUUGUGCCUUCUCACUCUGGAAGUGCAGACUUUGAAAUCCAUUGAAUUGUUUGAGAUUGUCAUGCAUGUUCAGAAGCAUUCAAAGAUAAGCGACAGUGACUUGCUGUAUUGGAGAGAGCUGGUCUCAAAAUGUUUAGCGGACUACUCUUCUCCUGCGUGCUGUAAGCCAGAUCACAAAAAGCUAGUCUGGAUUGUUUCAAGACGUACCGCCCAAAACCUUCAGAACAGCUACUACAGUGUUCCUGAAUUGCCCACCAUCCCUGAGGCUGGAUGCUUUGAUGAAAGUGAGAGUGAGGACUCCUGUGAAGAUAUGAGCUGUGGAGAAGAGAGCCUCAGCAGUUCUCCACGGGACCUGGAAAGCACUUUCUUUUUUGACCUUAAACCCAAAGCCAAGUGGCAGGCUCUCUUCUGACUUGCUGUGCUGCACGGAGCUGUUAAUGUAUGGUAGUACUUUCGGCAAUAAGUAGCUAAGUGCACUCUGAACCUUGGCAGGAAUUCUCACUGAACCCCCAAGCUGUGUGUUAUGUACUUUCCCCCUUUAGUGUGGCAGUAAAGUCAAACGUAGCAAGUUAGAUCAACUGAGGCUUCAGCAAGAUGCAUUAAAGGCAUGCUGCCUCCUAGUACUUUAAAGGUAAAGGUAGUCCCCUGUGCAAGCAGCAGUCGUUUCCGACUCUGGGGUGACGUCGUAUCACUUUUUCACGGCAGACUUUUUUUACAGGGUGGUUUGCCAUUGCCUUCCCCAAUCAACUACACUUUCCCCC